UUCACUGAUACACCGCGGGGAUAAUUACGAAAAUACAAAGAACGAUGUUCAAAACUUUAAAAGCGUGAAACCGUUACAACCAUUUUUGUUAUCAUUGUUACCUGUUGCCAACUAUCUCUAAUAAAAAGGCGCUAAAUUGGACUAUUAAAAGCGACACUAUUAACAGAAAAACUACGACUACGCUACCAAUAUUGAAACUGCGCAAUGUAUGAAUAACAAGUCUAAGGAUCUGAGGGGCAAAGUUUUGAAAAUAGACUGUCGUGAAUGAGCGCUAAGCGUUGAGCUCUUAAUGAAUUUGGGGCCCUGACUUGGCCUAGAAGCCUUAAAUUAAGCAGCGAAAGCGUUUAGUUGGCAAUACAUCAAAAUAAUCGUCAAUCAAUGUCAAGAUGAUAUCAAGCAGUGGUCAAAAUAUCAAAUGCAGUCAAAGUCAAGUCACUUUUUUAACUUCGUGUUUUUUCAAACUAUGACAUUGGUUCGGUGGAAACCAUUAUAUAAAAAAAGCGUAGUAAAAAGAAGAAAGAAAAGUCACUUUCCAGCUAUUUACGCCUAUGAGUCAAAUCAAUAAUUACUUUAAUAUAAUUAAGUAUUUAGUAUUUAUAAUUAAGUAUUUAUUUAAUGAAAAAUUAAGUACAUAGGUAUUUCUAAUUAUCUUUUUUCUUUUUAAAAAAGAAAAAAUUAAUAAAGAUUAUUUUUUAAAGAGGUAGUCUCUGCCUACCCCUCCGGGAAAGAGGCGUAAUAUUAUGUAUGUAUAAAAAAGAAAAUGAUUUUCUUAGAUGCAAAUAAAAAUUUGAAUUUGACAAUGUGGACCAUGGUAUUAUAAGAAAAAAUUCUGUCAAAGUCACUGUCAACUUUGAUCAAAAUCAAAUGGCGGACGCCCCGCCAUACAGCGCAACCGCUUUGCGAUUGGGACGCGUAUUCUUCUUUCUUGAAUUUUGUAUUCUUCUCGGCGUACUAUUUAAAAGAAAAUACAUGUCCAACUUAAAAGAAAUACUACAUCUUGGUUGAUAAACAUAAAAGGCAUUGACUUUGCGAGAUUGAAAUAUAGUAUUACAAGGUCAAAAAUGAAGCCAAUACUCAAAUACUAUGCAAUACUUUUCGUGGUAUUGACGAUUUACCUGAACAUCUCUAAAUACAUCUUUGAUAAAGUCUAUGACACAAUUCAAAUAGUCAUUGAUGAAUUAUUCCAUAUCCCGCAAGGCAUAGCGUACUGUGAACGGAAUUUCACAUAUUGGGACCCAAAGAUCACAACAUUGCCUGGUCUGUAUCUGAUUUCAUCCGCAUUCAUCGGACAGCACUUCCCCUGUAAUACGUACAACCUACGCCUUGUCAACUUAGCCGCAUCAUGCAUCAAUUUGAUGUUGUUCUCGUCAAUACUUAAGUAUGUUUACGGCAACACUAAUUAUGCUAAAACGGUAUUGCAAGCGUUAAACUUGACAAUUCUGCCGCCUUUGUAUUUUUUUUCACAUGUGUAUUAUACUGAUACGUUGUCCUUAACAUUUCUACUUGCAUUCUCAAGGUUAUGUCUUGUAAACCGUUACAAAAUUUUGAUUCUCUUAUUCGGUUUGAUGAGUGUUAUGAUGAGACAAACUAAUAUAGUUUGGAUUGCCAUGGUAUUCGGUCACAAAAUUUUAGAUAUCUUCAUUAAGAGCUCCCGUGUUUUCGGUAACCAUUUCUUAAGCAGAACUAAAUUAAAUAGCCAAUCAUUAAUUGCCAAAGAUAUUGAUAAGUCUAUGCUAAAACGUUACUAUAGUCUGUCUGAUCUCUUCGUAGCGGUCAUGUAUCACAUCACUACGUGUUCCGUCACAUUUUUUAAGUACUUAACCUUACAUGAUAUGUUAGUACUAUUAACUCAUAGUAUUACAUUGACAUCUUUCGCAGUAUUCGUUUAUAAGAAUGGAUCUAUAGUUUUAGGAGAUAAAAGUGCCCACGAAGCAACAUUACAUAUACCGCAAAUGUUAUACUUUUUAAUAUUCUACGGUAUAUUCGGUUUGCCUUAUGUGUUAGCUAAAUUUUUUUCAACCAUAAAGCUGAUUUUGUCCAACAAAGUUAAGGUUAUAAUUUUUGCUUUAUUAUUUGCCGCUGUAGUUCAUUACAAUACAAUUGUACAUCCGUAUUUGCUUGCGGAUAACAGACAUUUCACGUUUUAUGUAUGGAAUCGUUGGUUCGGGAAAUAUGAUUAUGCGAAAUAUGCAACGAUUCCCGCAUACAUUUUCCUUCUAUUCAGUUUAUAUGAUAAUUUAAGACAACAAAAUUGUGUAUCCUUCUUGUUGCCUUAUACGGUUAGUUUGUUUUUAGGAUUGUGCUUGCAACAAAUGAUAGAAAUAAGAUAUUUUUUGAUUCCGUACAUCAUUUUAAGGUUAAGAUUCAAUCGACCGAGUGGUACGGUGGUUAUUUUCGAGUUUCUAUGGUAUUUGAGUAUAAACGCAGCGAUGUACUAUGUGUUCUUUAGUAAGGAAGUGAUGUGGAAGGAUUUUGAUUAUCCACAAAGAAUUAUUUGGUAAAGCUGUGUUAGGAGGAGUCACUCCAGUGUUUGGCUUUUCUAAGGACCACGGGAGGACGCAACAGCACUACAAGAUAUUAAACAAAUUAUUUAGUAAACAGAUAAUUUUUUUUUUAUCAAUUUCAAAUAAGAAGGUUCCCAAUUCGCACGAAUUGAUUUUUUUCAAUCAGCAUUUUUAUAUCAGUGUUGUUUGUAAUCAGUGCCUUGUGGUUCCUGGCACCAAUAAAAGGAAUAGGAACACUCUAUCCCUUUCCCAUAGAUGUCGUAAAAGGCGAAUAAGAACUUAUAAACUUGGGAUCUUUUUGGCGAUGGGCUAGCAACCUGUCACUAUUUGAAUCUCAAUUCUAUCAUUAAGCCAAACAGCUGAGCGUGGUCUAUAAGUCUUUUCAAGACUGUUGGCUCUGUCUACCCCACAAGGGAUAUAGACGUGACUAUAUGUAUUUUUGGAGAUUUCGAUUGUGGGAAUCGUUGCGUCUUCCCGUUGUCAAGAAAGUCAUGUAUUUAGUCACACAGAAUGUAUUGUAAGUAGGCUUUUACCAAAAUUGUUAUAAUUGGGAUGUUUCCUAGAUUCAACUGUAUUGUAUACCUACUAAGUACUAAUUCUAUCGUUAAGCCAAAUAGCUGAACGUGGCCAUUCAGUCUUUUUAAGAGCCACCAGCUCUGUCUACCCCGCAAGGGAUAUAGACGUGACCAUAUGUAAGGAUGCUAAAUCUUUCAUCUUUCAAUAUAAUAAAGAGAAAAGAUUAGUAUGUUUGUAACGAAUAAACUCAAAAACUAAUAGACUGAUUUUCACGAAAUUGGAAACUGAUAUAGAAAAGACCUUCGGGAGUAACCUAGGCUUUUCUGGAAAUUCCCACGGGAACUAAGACCAAAAUCAGAAAAAACAUUUUUGAUCCUUAAUACUACAACUGGUGAGCUAGGCUUAUGCUAAUAGCAUUCUCUAACAGUCGACAUUUAGAAAAUAGAAAACGGGUAAUACAUUAUGUAAUCUUUUUAUUAAUAACUAGUUGUGCCCGCGACUUCCCGUGGAAUAGUUAUUUUGGGCAUCAUUGAAGAAAGCCCUCAAGGAUGAAUAAUUUUCCACGUUUUUUUUCACAUUUGCCAUUAUUUCUUCGCUCCUAAUAGUUGCAGCGUGAUGUUAUAUAGAUUUUUUUUAUUUGAACCAGUAGUUACUGAGAUUAGCGCGUUCAAACAAACAAACAAACUCUUCAGCUUUAUAAAAUUAGUAUAGAUUUGAACCAACAGAACAGAACGUUCAAAAGUUUUACCUUAUAUCAGUCGUAGUAAACUUUAUUUUGAAAUUAAAAGAAAAAAAUCUCUUUAAUGGAAACAUCCCUGUUAUUGUAAGGAAUAAGAAUUUGUAGUCUUUUAUAGCUCAAAGCAGCAUUAAUUGGUAUUUAUAGAUGAUAUGUUUGUAUUGUGCCAAUACUUAUACUGAAUUCAGAGUUCACAAGGCUUCUGUUAUGUUCAGUAAGUAACCGCCUCUAAAUAUCCGCGAUUAUCUCUCGUUUCGCUGUACCGAUUUUGAUGCGGUUUUCAGGAAAGUGUUUGUUUUAGUUAGGUUUUAGAAAUUGAAUCGAUGUAAAAAAGAGGGAUAUUGAUUGGAGGCGGUUCGUUUUUUUUACAAAAGUUAUUUAUGUAAGUGUCUCAGAUACUGAGAUAUGCGUGUCUGUUUGUAAUAUCUUUAUUGCACAGAAAUUUACACAGUUACAAGAAAAUAAAUUAAUUGCAAUGGUGGACUUAUCCCAUGAAGGGAUCUCUUCCAGUCAACCAGCAAACAAUAAAGAAACUAGAUAAUUAAGUAAAACAGCGACGAGUCGAUAAGUGGCUCCUGCCUUUAGUCCCAGCCGUAUCCUCACCACUCUGGAGAAUAGCCCGGGUACGCCUUUGACCAUGGAACCUGGAUUGGGUGAGUCAGGUUUUACACGAAGCGACUCCCGUCUGACCUCCGCGACCUUUGCAGGGGAACCUAACACAUUCGGAUUAUGAUUACACGUCAAGUUUUCUGAAUGUGCAGGUUAGAUCACAAUGUUUUCCCGCGCUGUUAAUUGAAGCAAAUCUAUGUCGCGCAUGCGAGUGACCCUCAAUGAAUCACCAAUAAAAUUUAUUGUAUUUAAUAAGUAAUUUCCAAUUAUAAAUUUGUGAUAUUAUGAUUAAAUCAUUUUGUAAUACUGUUAUAGUUUAGUUUAAAAUUGAAAUGUAUGGAUUUUUUUUUAUUAUUUUGUGAAUAAAUAUGUAUGAAAUUGAAA